CAAACUUUUUAUGUCGAAGUUUUGAAUGACAUAAAAAAACUGAUUUCAUUUCUAAUUGACAUAGUUCAAAACACAUUAAGUAGGAAUGUAAAGGCAGGUAAAGGCGUGAUGCUGGUAUUGCCUAGCAGGUUUAAUCUAGUUUCUGUUUGCGUAUUAGCGUGCAACUUUAUCAUGGUGGCUCUAUCUCGCUCUAUCUACACAUCCAUACGUAGCAGCAGCUGAAAAUACUGUCACCUUGGAAAAAAUAUGACCAGGUAUCUCAGUAAAAUACCGUGUCAUUUAUCAUAUUGUGUUUUGGGCCUUGCGAUAAGCUAAAUCACCUAAAUGAUUCCUUGGACGCCGGCUGAUUCGAGGGCCCUGGAUAAUGGAAAAACGACCAGGUUCUACCGGUUGGCACACAACUGAAAUUUCCGCCCAGGCAACAACAGAUUUGCGUCAUACUUUUCAAGACUACAAAUGAAUAGUCGGUUUCGUCUGUGGCUGCUUUGCCCUUGGGAAUGCAACUCUCUUGGAUUUCCCCAGUAAAGAUUCGAGGAUCGUAGGAGGUACAGAGUCGGUGCCCGGUGAAUUCCCUUGGAUGGCCCAUCUGACAAUUGCGAGAAUGGGCAUGCAACGUGAGUGUGGAGGUUCACUCAUCAGUCAAAAUUGGAUUAUGACUGCAGCUCAUUGCAUGGACGGUGCUGAAUCGGUUACGGUCGUCCUAGGAGGUCACAAUUUGAAUAUCAACAAUGCUGAUACAGUCACUUUGCAAUCAAAAGAAUUCUACAUUCAUCCUAAAUAUUCCAGUCAGACAUUCCCAGAUGACAUUGCCCUCAUUAAACUCCCAGUCAACGUCGUAUUCACUGCUCGAAUUCGAUCGGUAGUCUUGGCAGAUCUGGGCAAUAGAGAUCACGUAAACGACACGGUUAUAGUCAGCGGAUGGGGUUACUACUCUGACGCUGUUGAAUCGACUAGCGACGUAUUACUCAAAGCUUCUACGACUGUCAUCUCCAACGAAAAGUGCAGUGAAACGUGGGGUAGUAUCAUAGCCAGCACUAUGAUUUGCACUAAUGGAACACGGGGCGGAAUUUGCAAGGGCGACAGUGGCGGACCGAUGGUUUACUCUGUCGAUGGUACGUGGGUUCAGAUUGGCAUCGCUUCGUUCGGAGAUAAUCUUUGUGAGUUGAUGAAGCCGAAGGGCUUCACUCGAGUCCAGUCUUACUUGAAUUGGAUUGCGUCAAUCACGGGCGUGUCCGUCGCCACUACGCAACGUCCCACGACGACGCCAUUCUCCUGUCAAUCCGAUGGCAUUAAAUCCAAUCCUUAUGAUUGCAACUCAUUUUACAUGUGCUCCAAUGGGACUCCCUAUCUAUUCAACUGUCCUGGUGGAUUGGUCUUUAAUCCUCAACCCCAACAGUGCGACUAUCGCCAGAAUGUCCCUCGGUGCAAUUAUUAAUGUCAGUGGGAACUGGAAUUAGCCUAUUGUUAAAGAUGAGUCGUGAUUUCUCGAAUAGGUUACGUCGAAAAUUAACAUGGAAUGAAUAAUUUAUACAAGAAUGGUGUGUAGCUUUGACACGCUCCUCUGAUACCUAACUAAACUCAAUAAACAUUUUGCGAUGCAAAUUGGCUCAGCUGAUGCCCAUGUGUCUCUUUGGGUUUGUUCCUUGGCCUUACAUGAAGAUGAUUUUCCCUGUCAUUCUCCUUUCACUUCUCCCUAUUCGCCACUUGAUUGUCCCUCGUGUAGUUGAGGAUCGUUUUCUCAAGUCCCUGGAUAGUAGCGAACAUUAAAUUUUCCAGUUCCUUCUUCCGUACUUGAUAUCGUGGGAGAUUUCAUUUUUGACACAUUAUAAACUUAUUGUUUAGUCUUCUGAGUUUUGACCAUCUAACAUGAAUUAAAAUUUCGGUUUCAUGGAAUUGAACCGUUUUGUAUUGUUGUCAACUCGUCCUAGAAAUAAAUUUGAAUGUUAAAAGUA